AGAUUCUGGGACUCCAUAGGAGAGCUCCUCCUCCUUUUUUCUAAGCCUCCUUGAGUGAGUCCUCACAAUUGCUCUCUUUCCAAAACCCCACCGGCGGUAAGCACUUAAGUCUCAAGAGAUGUUGGGACGUCCUUAUCCUUUCAUCACUCACAUCCAGAAGGACGUGCCAAGCCUGGAGUUGGAAGAGGAGUUCUGGCAGUGAAAUUAGGUCUGAAGGUUUGCUGUGGCUCCCUGGUACCAAUUGGACUAUCCUUUCCUGAUCAUGAGGCUGCCGCUAAGAUUCCAAGGGUACCGAGCCCUGUGGGCCUCCUGGCUGUCCUGCUGUCCACUGCACCUCCAUCCCAGGAACAUGGGCCAACAGGCUUUUUUGGGGGCAAGAAAUCCAGAAAUGCCUGAGAAGUUUAACUUUGCACACGACGUGCUGGAUCACUGGGCUCAAAUGGAAAAGGAAGGCAAGAAAGCCCUGACCCCAGCUCUGUGGUGGGUGAGUGAUGAAGGCAAUGAGGUGAAAUGGAACUACCAAGAGUUAGGCGAUUUCACCCGCCAGGCAGCCAAUGUCCUUUCAGAUGCCUGUGGCCUGCAGCGAGGAGAUCGUGUGAUCGUGAUUCUGCCCCGGAUUCCUGAGUGGUGGCUGGCAAUCGUGGGUUGCAUCCGAGCAGGGCUUGUAUUCAUUCCUGGGACCCCUAUGCUGACAGCAAAAGACAUUCUAUACCGGCUGCAGACCUCAAAAGCCAAAUGUAUCAUAACCAGUGAAGCUUUGGCUCCCACUGUGGAUGCAGUGGCACCUGACUGCCUUGCUCUGAAAGUCAAACUCCUGGUGUCAGAAAAUAGACGUGAUGGAUGGAUGGACUUCAGAGCACUACUACGAGAGGCCUCUACUAUACACAGCUGUGUAGAGACUGGGAGCGCAGAAGCACUAACCAUCUAUUUCACCAGCGGGACCACCGGCGCCCCAAAGAUGGCCAAGCACUCCCACGGGAGCCUGGGCUUCAAAUCCAAGAUAGACGCUGCGGACAGAAGUUGGAUUAAGUUGCAAACUUCGGAUACAAUGUGGAGUAUAACAGACACAGGUUGGAUUCUCAACCUAUUGGGGACAUUUCUGGAACCCUGGAUAUCUGGAGCAUGCUCAUUUAUCCACCAUUUGCCAAGGAUGGACCCACUGGUUAUCAUCAAUACUCUCUCCAGAUAUCCCAUCAAUAUCAUGCUGGCGCCUCCUAUGUUAUACCAGAUGCUGCUAAAACAAGAUCCCACCAGUUACAAAUUCCAAAGCCUUCGCUUAUGCAUCAGUUCCGGAGAGGCCCUCCUCCCUGAAACCCUGCAAAAAUGGGAGACACAGACUGGGCUGAACAUCAAGGAAAUCUAUGGACAGACAGAAACGGGAGCCAUUUGCAGGUCCAGCACAAAGGAAAGCAAGCCUGGCUUCUUGGGAAAGGCAGUGUCAAGUUAUGACAUCCAGAUUAUUGAUGAGAAUGGUAAUGUACUGCCUCCUGGCCAAGAAGGAGAAAUUGGUGUCAGAAUCAAACCCAUCAAGCCUAUUGGGUUCUUCUCUGGCUAUGUGGACAAUGCUGAGAAAACAGCUGCCAAUAUCACAGGGAACUUCUGGCGCACGGGGGACCUUGGAAUCAUGGACCAAGAUGGGAAUCUCCAGUAUAUCGGGAGAGCUGAUGAUGUCAUCAAUUCAAGGGGGUACCGAAUUGGUCCCUCAGAGGUGGAAAAUGUCUUGAAUGAGCACCCAGCCGUGGCAGAGUCCGCAGUGAUCAGCAGCCCAGACACCAACCAAGGACAGGUAGUGAAGGCAUUUGUGGUACUGACCCCUAAGUUUGAGUCCCAUGACCGGGAUGAGCUCAUUCAAGAGUUACAGCAACAUGUGAAGACUUUAACUGCCCCCUACAAAUACCCCAGAAAGGUGGAAUUUGUUUCAGCACUGCCCAAGACAAUCACUGGAAAAAUCCAACGGGCUAAGCUUCGAAAGGAUGAAUGGAAACAAACAACUGCGACCCAUGGUGUCCUCAGAUCCCAGUGAUAUUUUACAAUGUAGUUUUUGAUCCAAAAAAAGAGCAGGGUCCCUUUCUUAUUUCAGCCCCUAUUCUGGGACAGGCCUAAUCAUACUAGACUACUGAUUCAGGCUCAGGGGUGAAAUUCAUCAAAUGAUACUAACUCAAAUAAAAUGACAUUCCCCUCAAUCUUCACAGUCCCUAUGGCAAUUCUUCAUAGGAGUCAGGAAUAUUAUUCCCUGGCAGGAAGCAGGAACUCAGAUCAAACUUCUGGGGCUUUGAGUGAUCUUUUUUAACAUAAUAAAAGUGCCUAUCUAAAACCCAAAGCGAACAUCAUAUGUGAUGAGGAAACCCUAGAAUCUUUCCUAAUCAUUCAGGAGUAAAGCAAGGAUGGAAUAUUUCCCUGCUGUUAUUUGGAAAGUCCUAGAAAUGGUAGUGAUAGCAAUAAGAGGAGAGAAAGAAGUUGAAGGCAUAAAGAUAGGCAAAGAGGAGACAAAACAAUACCUGUUUUCUAAUGAAAUUAUAAUUAACUUAGAAAGUCCUAGAGAAUCAACAAAGAAACCAAUCAAGACAAUUAGUAGCCUCAGAAAAGGUGCAAGCUACAAAAGAAACCCACAAAAAUCAACAGCAUUUCUGUAUUAAGAACAAAAUUCAGGAGCUAACAACAAAAAAGUUAAAUCCCAUUCAAAACAUGUACAAAAUGCAUUAAAUGUUUAGGAAUAAAUGUACCAAAGCGCAUUAAAUGUUUGUACAGAUUCAAUUACA